GAAGACAGCAUGGCUUACCAUAAAGAAGCAGGGCCACUGAGCACAGGCUCGAAGAUCCAGGCACCGCAGAGGCCAUGAGGCUGGCAUUCCUCUGUGCUCUGCUUUCGCUCCUGGGAGGGCAGGGCUGGGCAGACACCCGAGCCAUCGGGGCCAAGGAAUGUCGCCCCAACUCGCAGCCCUGGCAGGCUGGGCUGUUCCACCUCACCCAUCUCUUCUGCGGGGCGACCCUCAUCAGUGACCGCUGGCUGCUCACAGCUGCCCACUGCCGCAAACGGUAUCUGUGGGUCCGCCUCGGGGAGCACCACCUCUGGAAAUGGGAGGGUCCGGAGCAGCUGUUCCGGGCCACAGACUUCUUCCCUCACCCUGGGUUCAACCAGGACCUCACUGCCCAGGACCACAACAAUGACAUCAUGUUGGUUCGUCUGCCCCGGAAGGCACAUCUAGGCCCUGCCGUGCAGCCCCUCAACCUCAGCCAGACCUGCGUCUCCCCAGGCACCCAGUGCCUCAUCUCAGGCUGGGGGGCCGUGUCUAGUCCUAAGGUGGAGUACCCACUGACGCUGCAUUGUGCCAACAUCAGCAUCCUGGAGCCCCGACUCUGCCGCCGGGCGUAUCCAGGCCACAUCUCCGACAGCAUGCUCUGUGCAGGCCUGUGGGAGGGGGGCCGGGGCUCCUGCCAGGGUGACUCUGGGGGCCCCCUGGUUUGCAAUGGGACCCUGGCUGGUGUGGUGUCCGGGGGCUCGGAACCCUGCUCCAGGCCCCGGCGCCCUGCCGUCUAUACAAGUGUGUGCCACUACCUGGACUGGAUUCAAGAAACCAUGGAGGACAACUGAGCCCUCGCGCCUUGGAUGACCGGGAGAAGAGGGUGGGGCAGGGCAGGUGGAUUUGCAAGACUCCAGUCUCAACGGUCUAAGUCCCUGACCUCUGCUGGCCUGGAGACGACUUCUGGGUAUUCAAGUUCCCAGUUUCUGGAUAUUCAGACCUGGGUUUCCGCGUGAACUGUAUAGCUGCCCCCCAGUUGAAAGGAGCGGGAAGACACUUCCGCCCUUCUUGGCCGCACCUCUGAGUUACCAGGAACUGGCACCGCCCCCAUAAAAUAGCGUUCCCUGCUGUCUACCUCGGGAAAGACAUCUACUAAAUAGCUUCAGGUGCUUCCCUGGUGGCUCAGUGGUAGAGAAUCUGCCUGCCAAUGCAGGAGACGCGGGUUCGAUCCCUGCUCUGGGAAGACGAAUCCCACGUGCCCGCGAUUAACCAGAGUUCCGGAACCACAACUACUGCGCCUGCGCUCUGGAGUCCAGGGCCUACCACUGCUGAGCCCACCGUGCCCGCCGCAGCUACAGAAGCUGGGGCACCGAGAGCCCGGGCUCCACAACAGGAGAAAAGCCCAGGCAGCAAGGAGAAUCCAGCACAGCCCCCAA